AUGUCUAUAAUGGAUCAAACUGGUAAACCUAAAACACCAAAGCCAAUACCUGAACAUGAUCGUGUAAAACACGAAUUGACAGGCCCGUUGGUUUUCCAAUGCCUGAAAUGCAAAGUAAUUGUCGGCGAUUCUUUCGCGUGGGUUACAGCAGACAAAGAUUUAAAUUCUAUUUCAUUAUACGCCAAACCACAUAACAUAAGAGUUGGCACGGAGUUAUUAUGGUCCAAGGAAGGAAUUGACGUUGGAAGUACAUAUAUAUUAAUGUAUUGUGAUGGAUGUAAUAAUAUCCUUGGUAAAGUUUGGCGUACCACGCCUCGCAAACUUGAUUAUUUACGAUACGCGUUGGGUGCAUAUCUUGAUCCUAAUACUACACCAUCAGAUGUUCAUACUUUGCCGAGUGCUAGAAUGCAACAAGUGACCAUCAAUAAGCUUCAAGAUAUGGUCUUAUUAUUACAUCAAAGACUUUCAGCUAUGGAAUGUAAUACAGGACAACAACAACAAAAUUUGGAUUCUGGUUCUAUUGGAUCUUCAUACGAAAGCUUGAAUCAGAAUAUUCAUAAUGGUAAUCGAUAA